UAUAUAAGAACUGACUGAGACUUGUGUUCAGCAUAAUCAGUUGAAAUACACAAGGCUAGCAAGAAGACGUUUCCUACUUGAUACAAGGAAAAGAAGUAUUUUGGAUAUAUACCUUAGCGGAUUGAUUGAAUUAUCGAUUGAUUUCGGAGGUAAGCUAUAGAUUCAAUUAAUGAUGUUUUAACAAUAUUAUGGGAUUUAGUUGGCUAGGAAAGAUAUAGUCUACAUGGAAAUGCUGAGUUAAUGAUUAAGCCGAAUGUGAGUGUGACGGACUUGCACCGCUCAAAUAUAGUACAGCAUAAUCAGUACGGCGAAUGAAGCAGUCAGAGUUUAUAUGUAGAGAGAGAAACUCGGUCAAAUUUCAUGUUAGGCUACGAAUCCUACGAUAGACUCAAUCAAUGUUAUUGACUAAGGCACCGUACGUGCAUGUACCAAGUUAUCUAUUUAUCCUGCAGAGACUCUGUGAAGUCACAUUAGUGAAAUGUGUACACUUGCUCGUCAACAUGAUUCCACGUUCUGCCUUUAAAACCGAGGCAAUAAACAUCUAUGUUUGACCUUAGAAGUCUCCAAGGAGUCAUAAAGAGCUUUGCAACUGACCUAACAGCUGUGUUUUGAUUCGAACAAAGACAAAGACUUCAUAAGGAAUAUUCCAAAUCUGCCACAGACGUCGUAAGCGUCUUGGCAUUUACCAGCAAUUUCCUUGAUCCGAACCUAGUCCCAACAUGGGCAAUAUUUGUAAAAUAUGCAUUCUGUUUACCAUCUAUACGUGACCUUCUCGCUAUAGCUCCAUUGUAUAACCCUUAUAUCUGAUACGCUAUCUUAUUUAUAGAUUCAUUGAAAAGCUAGUGAUAAAAUCAGUGAAGCAAAGAUGGAAAUGAGUGCGCUUCCAGGGUUUAUACCGAACGGGAUCAACGAGAAUCGACUUCGAGAAUGGUAUGCGAUGAAACACCUUGGAAAUUAUAACUUUCCUCCUACGAACGUGGCACAUAACAUGACCCACGCAAAUACGUCAAGUUUUUUUGACUGCCUUGAUCGAGUAGAUGACGCUACGCUCUCGUUCAUGAUUCACGAACUUGGAUUGUACUCGCUGCAAGAACUUCCAGAUUUACAAGUCAUGUUUGGUAACACGAACAGAGCCAAAUCAUUUCCUCAAUCUCAGCGGAGAUUCCCACUCAGGCAAUGAUCAUAGAAUUACGAAAUAUUUAUAGAUGUACUAUUAACAAUGGGGUUGUAAUAUAUUCUAUAGAAAUCACAGAUAGCUUAAAUUCCGAAAAGUAUGCUAUAUGUUUUCGCUUUCGAAUGCAAAAAGUGAUAACUUGACUCUGAAGAAAUUUAUUGAUUAUAGCAAUAGAUACUAUUCACUAUUUGCCAUAAAACGAUUAUUCUAUCAUGCAAGCAUAAAAAGUACUGUUUGAACUUCUAAAGUUACGGAAGUUGACAGUUUUAUAUGCAAAAUGCUGAAAAAUUAGAACAUAUGUUAAUUGUAACGAUAGUCUUCUAAUCUCAUAAGGUUUAAAACGAACACAUUGCUACUGUCACAAAAAAAUUCAUGACUCAACAAUAACGUUUCUUUAGAGACAAUUUUAUUACAGAUAUUGGAUGUAUUGUUAACGGAAACAGAAACUGUAUUAUUAGCUGAGUUUUAGAUACUCCAAUAAUGUAUAUGGCUAAGCAACUUGGUGAAAAACGUUUGCUACCUUGCUUGUUUUGAUAAUCUAUUCAGGAUUUUGCAAUCGUGUGUUUUUUGUUAAUGACUGAAAUAAAGACCACGCAUUUUUGUUUGAGAGUGUUUUGCAUAUUUGUGUGUGAUAGACAAAAUAGACUAAAUGCGAGCUACUUGGGUUUGAGUUUUGAAUAACAAUGGGGGAAAACAUGCACACUUUAUUUUGUAAACAUAUUUUAGAUUUUCUCCCCAUUCAGAUAACAUGUUCAGCCUUUAGGGUGGCAAAUUAGAAGAAAGGAAAUAUAGUGUGUAUAUUUUAUAUAAAUAUGUAAAUUUUGAGUUUUGUAUACGUACAAUGAACUGGCUGUAAAUAUAUAAUAGAGUCUAUAGAAUAUAAUAGAGAACACGUUGAACUCUGAACAAGUCUAUUGUAAAACUUAUUGCUGGAACGUGUGUUGUGUGAAUUGAGAAGAAUAAAAUGAUUUAUUUAUAACAAA